GGCCACGUCUGGGGUCAGAGAAUGUUGGCCAAUUCAGGAAGCUGUUUCUGUGUUGACUAAGACUACAUCUUACCGAACACGAAAGAAACAGGACUCUGUCUCGGUAAUAAAGCGUAGAAACAACAUGUUUGGUGUACCUCUUUGUUCCAUCGGGCUGCUACUUAUUGCCCUCUUUCACACAGCUGUAACCAAACGCCACCUCGUGAUGGGGGGAGUGGGUCACACAGUUAUCCUGCCAUGUCUCUCGUCUUUGGAGGGAUCCUGCUCAGACAUACGAUGGUUUCAUGACACGAAAAGUGGUGCAACCCUUAUCGCUAGUAUCUCCAGAAGAGAAGACGCAAACACUGGUAGAUUUAACAUUGUGUCUAAUUGUUCCUUACACAUCAACAACAUCACCGAAGUGGAUGUCGGAAGAUAUCAGUGCAGUAAAGAUCGGGUUGACUUGCAAUAUCUGUCUCUUAUCACUGUUUCCUCCCAGCUGAGGUCUCGAAUGUUCCCCGGAGCCAACGUUACCUUAAGCUGUAGGCUGGUCACGUUCGAGGGGCCUGGUUGGUGUUACAGCCCUCUGUAUCAAGGUAUGUCUCUCAAGUGGCAGGAUGAUAAUCGACCGGACUACAUCCUCGCCGAACAGAGGAUCAACAGAUGUACUGUCCAGCUGAAUGUCAUCAUUCAGCCGGACAGCCGCUUCAGCUGCCUGGCUUUGGUCAACCGCCAGGUCCAGAACAGGGUGGAGUUCCCCGUCCGUAUCAGAGUUGAGGGAAGAGGCCUUCCCAUGCCUAACUUAGAAAACGACGAUCAAGGUCAUGAUGGGGGAUCCAAUGUAGCUGACGGGGACGGUGGCAACAGCGAGGUGAUCGGCCGAGUCAUCGCCGUGGCAGUAGUGAGCUGUGCUAUGACGGUGGUGCUGGCUCUGAUCCUAGCGAAGAAGAAGAAGAAGAGGAAGCCAAAUGACCAGCUUGUAGCACAUCCAGAGACUCCCCUGGACGUUAAUACUGUAAUAAAUACUGAUGCGGCCGCCACUGCAGAGGAUGUCACCCAUGCAGACAUAACGGUUGCAGGCAAUGCGGACAGGAAGUGGGAGACGGAGAGUGAAGCCACUGUUUACACAAACAUAGAACCGACCGCUCACAACAAUGUUUGAUUGGCAUUACCUGGUAACCCAAAACGGCCAAAAGCAGAUUACUCAUACAACACCAUCGACUACCCAGAGGGCCAAUUGAGUCCAUGUUUACAUUAUAUCCUACGUUUUUAAAACUGCAUGUAUGACGUGCUAUGGUCCAUGAUCAGUCUUUACCACUAUGAUGUAACCCACUACAUCACUUUUAAUCUAAAAUAAUUUGUUUUAGGAUUUGGUUUUCCUUCAAAUAACAGAUAGCUCACAGGAUUCAUGUACUUUAUUUUGUACUCUGGGUGUAGCAUUUUUGAGUAGCAUCCAGCUGCAGCCUGUGGUGUGGCAAAGGGCUUUUGUUUUUCAACGUCCCUUUUUCUGUUAAAUUUCAAUGUUUAUGUUUAUAUAAAAAUAUACAUUGUAUAAUUGUUUUGCUUGUUAUUUGCGUGUGUUGCCUACGAAAUAUGAACACAAAAGAUUACCGUGUGGGACAUUACAAUUGAAAGAAGGAGUUUUAAUGGGAAAACACAAUUAUUUGUUGAGUUUUGGGAGAAUAACCAAAGGUUGAAAAAAUAUAACAAAUAUGCAAAUAUUGCAAAAUAGGAAAUAACUUUACUUAUUAAAUGGAUCUACUCAAUCUAUAAAUAAAAAUGCAUUCCACACCGUCA